AUGGAGUCGCAAAAUCUGCAGGCAGCUUCGACCUAUGUUAAUAAUAUACUGCUUGCCAGGGGUCUGCUGAAAGGUGGUCGCGCGAUCGACUUUGCAGACCCCGAAAAUGAAGAUGGAGGAAUCGAUGGAACAAUGGCUCGUGUGAUCAACUUGGUCAACGAUUUGGUGUUGAGACGAGACCGCGAAGCCGAACACCGCGAAAGCUUGUCCUCGACUAUUCGGAUGCUGCAGGCUACCGAGACGGAGCAAACUGCGGAGAUUGGGAAACUAAAAACGAAAACAUCCGAAUUGACACGCUCGGUGGCUCUUGCAGAGGCGCAAGAGCGCACCCUGAAAUCGAAUAUGUCCAGCGCUGAAGCGAGCAUUCGUGGAUUCAAAGAACAAAUCCAGCGCAUGAAAAGUACAGUGCAACAAGUUCGCGCGCAAUGCGCCAACGAUAUUCGUAAACGCGAUUUGGAAAUGCAGAAGCUCAAAUCCCAUCUGGCUGACAGACAACGAGGCAAGCGCGAAGGCUUGAGUGUCACGACUAUCAACAUCAACCCUGCGGCGGACCGAUCACGACUCAUGGCCAGUGGAGGAGACCGAAUCAAUGAUCCUGGAUAUAGCUUGAAGCAGGAGACAACGGACUUUUUGACGGAGUUGUGUCAGAAUCUUAGUGACGAGAAUGAUACAUUGAUUGAGCUUGCGCGAAACACUGUUCAUACUUUGAAGGAUUUGCAGGGAUUGCCGCAGGCAGAAAAUACAAAUGAGACCGAACAGGCGGUCAUGGCUGCAAGUGUGGCGCAGAAGUCGGGGCCGGUCACUUCGUUGCCAACUUCUUGUGAAGAAUUAUCAAUUCACAUGGAAGCCGUGCUGGAUCAUCUCCGGACAUUGCUCACUAACCCCUCAUUUGUCCCCCUUGAAGAAGUCGAGGUGAGAGACGAAGAGAUCAAGCGACUGCGGGAAGGUUGGGUGAAGAUGGAAAGUCGGUGGAAGCAAGCAGUCACUCUGAUGGGUGGCUGGCAGCAGCGCCUUGCACACGGCGGAGACUCCAUCCAAGCGGAAGAGUUGAAGCGUGGCAUGAACCUCGAUCUCAGUAUCAACCCCGGCGAGGAUGUGAGCAUGCAAAGCGAGGAGUCCAACUCCAUUCCAACAAUCCUCGAAGACCAGGAUGAAGAGGACAAUAACAGUGAUGCCGAUCCGAAGGCACAAGAGCCUGAAGUCAUCAAUCCCCAGACAAGGUCCAAAAUUCGCAAAGUACCCGGGAGAUCCGAUCGCGCGCUGAGAGAACGCAGUGAUAACCCAAUGUCAAAGCGUCCCCGGAAGGUUUCAUUCACUCCAGGUCUCCAAGGCUCACCAGCUGUGGAGAAUGUUGGCGACGAAACCCUUGAUAUCAAGACCUCCAAGACAGAGACUAUUACCCGCAAACCCCCGAGGCGAAAGACCGAAACAAAAGAAGAUCCCCAGGAAUCAUUAAGCGUACACCAAAAGCUAGCAGCGGCCGAAGACGAAGCACGGGCAGCUCAGAACGAGCGCAAAGAGCGCGAAUCGCGCAAGAGAAGUCGUCCAGAGAAGGCGUCCAGGCCGCCCAACCGGCGCAGAAGUACACUUACUACUGAUGAGCUUGACGAGUUGAUGGGCAAGGCCCGGUGA